CUAACAGCACGUCGUACCACACAUAAUAUUCACAUCUGUCUGUCUUGGUGUUUGUAAAUAAAUAUUGUCACUUGUAGAAUGUUUAUUUUGUUUCCAAUUGUUGACUAAACAAACCUGCUUCUGUAUGAACUGAAUUACAAUAAUUUCACUGAUGUAAAUAAAUAAAACAAACAAAGGUGUUUUAAAACAGAUCGUGCAAGAUUGCGUUGAGAAUAUGGCCACAUUUAAUUAAAUAAAAGUCCGCUGUUUGUCCAUUGAGUGACGUGUGUGCGCGCGCAGAAUUUGCUCUAGUAGAGUCGACGGUAUCCAUGACGAUAUUACCUAAACAAAGCAUAAUGUUCAAGCACUGUUGAAGCUCCCUAUCGUGUUUUCCUUCCUUUUCUGCUGAUUUGAAGAACAUGCGUAUACAUGUGUGAUACCUCGUUUUCUUCAUUCAUGUUGAUGGUAUUUUAGUAGCUAAGUGAACAGGACUUUGGAACAGGGAGUUCCUGUUGUUGGGUCAACUGGCACAUCAAUCCAAUGGCUUUGUGGAAGGGACACAGGCGAGAGCUGGGACAGACAAGCACAGGUGUCGGCCACAUGUAUGUGCAGCCCUUGCCUUUUUAUGUGGAGAGUCACAAGCGUUCUCCCCUGGUGUCCACCAGCAGUCACUUCUCUGUCACCUCACGCUUGGAGCACGACAGGAAGCCUCAGAUGGGGCCCCUGGCCAACACACAGCACCCACGUGCCCCUCCACACUGGAACACACACUUCCUCAAUGAGCUGGCACAACAGCUCAGGGACUGUGGGACAGGUCGCCUGCUCUCUCAGCCAAUCAGUGAAAUGCAGGACAGCUACAGGGGCCAGGCUGCUCCACAGGGCCCCCUGCUGGACCACUACUGCACCCUGCUGGCACUUUAUGGACAGCUUGAUCCAGGCCAGACCCCGACUGUGACAGCAGAUCCUUAUGUCAGCACAGCUCAUGCAUACUACAGGCGCUUUAGCAGGUCAGAGAUUGCCCCUUCCUCUGGUCUGGAAGCCCCUUCCUCCUACCUUAGCCUGAACAAGAGCUCCACCCACAGCCGCCUGCCGGGCCACAAAGCCCCUCCCACCAUGUCCUGCCACCCUUGGCUGCCCCGCCCCUCUGUGCCCUUACCCUAUGGAGGGAAACACAGCCUGUACAGGGACAGCUUCCGUGUGCCUGCCCCUCACCCUGCUCCCUCUGGUCCCUCGCCUGUUGCAAUCCCAGACUGGCGACCAGCCGGGACUGAAACUGGGGCUGGAGGAGCUAAGAGAGGGCUACUCAGGGACAUCGUGGAGGUCCCCAAAAUGUACCUGACAGAGAACCGGGUCUAUGGGGGGAACCGGACCGUACUGGUCUGAGACCGUGCUGGUACGUGUGUGUGUGUCAGAAAGACAACUACAUGUGUGUAUUUUGCCAGAUGUCACCAAGUGUGAUCUAAUUUAUACAAGGACCAUGACCCCACUUUGGAGUCAACCGUCCCAGUGUUUUUUGUGACUAUUUAUCAAAGGCCCAAUAAACAGGCAGGGUUUGAAGAGGA